AUGUCGGAUUCGUCAAAAAUAAUCGAUCAUGAGCAAAAUGAUGAUCCACUUGAUCCUCGAAUUCAGAUCGAAUUAGAACGUGCUAAUGCCGCAACAAGUGAGAUAAAUAACCUCGAAACUCAAUUUGAAAAUGCUCAAAAACUGUUUCAAAUUACCUUUACUCAUUGUAAACAGCGUCUAGCUAAUCUAGCGAAAGCGCUUGGUCGUUGUGUAGAACGUGCACGACCAUACUAUGAUGUUUGUAAACAGGCACAGGAAGCUCAGAUCGAGACUCAAAAAGCUGCUCAAGAGUACCAAAAUUCCGUCGAAUUCCAUUGUACAAUGAAUGAAAAUUUGAUUCUCACAGAAAGUAAACUACCUCAAGAGGAUUCCAUUACACGACAGGAAUAUCUUAAUCACAUCACUCGACAAGUGAUGCAAGCUGAACAAGAUAAGAUUCGUUGCGAACGAAUACAUGCAGAGAAAUCUAAACUCUAUCAAGAAUAUGAACAACAGAGAAUAUCGCUUUCUCGAUCGUUAACAAAAACAAUUCUUAAAUCAAAACCAUAUUUCGAUGCAAAAGUCAAAGCAGAGCAUGAAUUGAAGACUCAAAAACUACAGAUAGAAGACAUACAAAAAGCAAUUAGUCAAGCGAAGAAAGCGUAUCGAACAGCAUUGAAUAAUCUUGAACAAAUCUCCGAAGAGAUUCAUAUCCAACGUCAAAAUCAAACUCCAAUAAAACUUCCUCCACGUGAACCAGGUGUCGGUGCUGAAAAGCCAGAUGAAUUCAUCGAAUUACCUACUCUUGAUCUAAACGAAUUUGUUAAAAUCGAUCUCUCGGAUUCUUCAUCAGAUAGCGAUAUUUCCAAAUCAGCAAGUACGACUUGUAUGAAUUCAUCAUCUAACAAACAACACUUCAAAACUAACUCUCCAAGAUUGUCAUCUAAUACGUCAAAUUCUUUAACUUGCCAUGCCAAUGCACGUCACAAAUCUGGCAAAACGGAUGCCGAUGCUUUACUAAUCAACCGAUCGAAUCCUGUACCUAGAUAUGUUAUCUAUUCUUUAGCAUUACUUCGAAAAAAACCCAAAAGGCGUACAUACCAAUAUGGACAAUAA